GGGAAAUUAAACUUUUUGUUCCUGUAGCUGAGAACGGCAAAAAAGGGUGUGUAUAAUUUUUUAAAUUUCAGUUUUAUGUGUAGUAUAACAUGUGAUCUGUGAGCGACGCUUGACGUUCAAGCUGAUAUAUACAAUUUAAAUAAAGUGAAAAGCUUUGCGAGCAAGUCUUGCGUAACUUUGCAGGAAAGACUUCCACGCUAAUUUUGAGCAUUUCUGGUUUUUGUGGAGAAUUUUAAAAAGUAAAAGGUAAUAUUUAUAUAUAUAUGCUCUUCGGAAAACGAGCCCGUUUCCUUAUAAUAACUUGUCGAGUAUUUAACUUUUCCGCUAAUGAAACAAAAACGAUGAUUUAUAAAUAUAUAAUAUAUAUAAAUUAAGCUGUAUUGAGGUGCGGAAAAUUCCUAUUCCAAUCCUUAAUGUGUAAACCACAUGUGCAUUUUGAGUUGCUUGUUUUUGUAAACAUUAUUUUGUCGAAAUUAAUAGUUGCGUGUAGUUUUAUUGAAAAAAAACCCCGUUGCUUUAAACUUUAAUUAAUCAGCUCCGUUAAUAUUACUAUAUUUCCACGGACAAAGUAACUGUAAAUUACUGGUCAGCGUAAAGGAGUGAACUUGACAAAGGAUUGUUUAUUAAGUAUCAAACUUCAACGGUUUUCAAAGAGCUAAUCAAAACUUUUCAAGAAUGCAUAAUUAAAGCAAACGAGGAGAUAAGAUAGAGUUUUAUUACGAAGCUGGUUGAACGGAAGAUAACAGACUUAAUAAAUGAGUUCCGUCGACUGAAUUAUUAAGCGCAAACUGAUUAAAUCGUUUUGAAAACAACGUACAGAUGAUUGGGAAUGAUACCAUAUAAACGUAUCGGACGCGAUUCGUUCGGGAAUGUGACGCGUUUUCUCAAUUUCGGAAACAAAAAAACUGUCCAUAGGAAUGUCCAUGAAAUCGUGAAAAGAAGAUAACACAAGGUGUUUAUAUUCAGGCUGCGCAGGUGUGUAUUUCUCCUAGGGGUGCUUUUGUUACUGCGCGUGAUUGUGUUGAGUAAAACACUACUCGGGGGGUCUAGGUUCCUAGGUCCGCUUUUGUUUUAAACGAAUUUCGGUAAAUACGAAACUAUCAGGAUGAUGUUUUGUGAUGGUCUCUUAAACAAAUUGGUCAGUGCUUGUGUAGCAAAUUUACUCGAGGGUCACAAGUGUGAAGUGUUUACCUUCAUAAUAUAAAAGUUGUUAUAGAUAUAUAGAUUAUUUUAUCUUUUUGUUCCAAUCAUCUAGGCACAACCUUUCUCUGUGGUGACCUUAAUUCAUACUUGUGAAUAUGCUUUCGUUUAGUUUUUCGAUAUUUCAUAGUAUGCAUGUAUAUACAUUCAUUGAAGAGAGGAAGGUUCCGAUAUAUCUGUCAACAACACAACAUUAUGUUGUGUUUGCAACUUGAUAGUUUAAUGACGGUAUAUGGAGGUCAAUUGUCAGCUAAAAAAAUCUUGCAAAGAUUAAGAAAGCAAAGAGAAAUACCAUUUGAACCUAAUGCAACUAUGCAAACUGAAAUCCCCUCCCUCUCCCAUCACUUUUCUAAUGGUGGGACCCUUAGUUGUCAAUGAAAAGUACAGCUAGAGUUGGCCACAUGCAUUGUUGCUUUGAUCUCGGGUUUCAUAGUUUUUGUUUUGUUUAACAGCCUCAACAAACAAAGCAAACAUGGCGGCGAAUGCUACCACUGGGAACGUGUCGUCGAAUGCUACCACGGGUGAGAAUGAAUGGAAUAUGACAUACCACACAACUUUAACAAUCCUUGCUUUUAUAAUCGUCAUAGUCAACGUUCCUGUAGUGGUCUUGUACUUCAACAUUUCUUCAUUACGUCAUAGUGCUGGCAACACCUUCCUCGUUGGCCUCGCCUUGGCAGAUAUUUUAUGCGCAUGCGUGAUGAUACCAACUGGAAUCGCGUGCGAAAUACGCUUUCUCGGAGAUGUCCACAACUCGAAUGUGUGUAUAUUCUACUACGUGAGUAAUAUUACGCUGUCUCUUGGCUCAAUCUAUCACAUCGUUGCAGCAACGGUCGCAAAGUAUUUCGCCAUUGUGCAUCCAAUGCGUAACAUCACCGCGUGCACAAAGCCUCGCGUUCAUUUCAUCGUAGCCUCGAUUUGGAUUGUCUCGUUCCUAGUUGGACAUAUCCCAUUUUAUGUCAAACAUAUGGGAACCAGAGACGAUGAAAUAAUGCAUAAGCAUGCGAUAUUCUUGAUCGUCUUUGCUUUUGCAAUACCUACGUUUAUCUUAAUCUGCAUUCAUGUGCAUAUUUAUCUGCGCUUAUUUCUCAAUUCACGUCCCGGAGUUUUGAUCGCCGGGACUAAUACCCGGUCGGAAAAUAAUCGCCGUAUCGCAAUCCUGUUUUUCCUGCUGUUCCUGUUUUUUAUCAUCUCGUGGUUGCCAUCGUACCUGCUUUGGGCUAAAUUCAUCAAUCCUAGAGAUGAAGUACACGAAGCUUUGGCAAUAUUUCGCUUUCUAGCCCCAGUCAUCAACCCGCUCAUGUUUACGUUCGCAAAGCGCGAUUUCCGCAAGGCGGCGGUAUCACUGGUCAGCAGACUUCGUGGCAGACAGCGAGCUUUCUCAAGCAGGAGAUCAUAUCAUACCCAGGCCACCAGCUCCGUUGAUCGUACGAAUUUUAUCGACAAGCUAAAUACUGAAAAAAGCUCGAAAGUUGAGCAACCAGAGCGAGAGGAGACGACCGUCAAUGAGCCUGAGGAAAUGCAGAUCAUUUAAUCCAAGUUUGAUCCUAAAUCCCAGCUAACUUACCUGAGGGCUAACAAACUGUACAAACUAUUUAAUCGUGGUUUAAUCCUAAUCUACUAGCAUGACGAGAUUAUUUCAAUCCAAGUAGUAAAUCCUAACCUGUCUUAUCCGCAAAUUGUACAGAUCGUUCAAUCCUAGUUUAAUGCUAACAAAUUGAUCGGACAGCGAGAAAAACGCGCGCUUGGAACUAACAACAGAAUGGACUCCAUUUUGCCCAUUUUAAUUACUAUAGUUUCUGUCCGUGUUCUUGAUGAAACUAAAGCAACGUACUGUUUGCCGAAAUCUCAUAACUUGUCAAAAAUCUUCUUAAUUCCUAACGGUCUUGCUAUAACGUUACACAAAAGUUGAAGACUGAUUAAGCGAUGCGAGCGUUAUAAUAUAAUUGUGUUGAAUAUAUAAUACGACGAAGUCGCUAUAUGUUAGGAUUUGUAGUUAGAACUUGUCUGUAACUGCCCUUUACGUCACAGCGCCAAAAUGCAAAGACUGCCAAAAACUCAUUGAAGUAAAUGGGUGUUGAAUGUAUAAAAAAUGUUUAUUGAUAAUCAUAUAACUUAAGUGUAGCUUUAGGACACUGCGGCUGUUCAUAUUGAGCCGGACUAGCUGGGAUAAGUCGUUUUACGAAAUUUUUUUUCAUGCCACAAACGGUCGCUUGAACUUUAUAUUGUUACUAGAAAGCCUAGUUCAACUUUGAAAUAUCAUCUUUUGUUGUUUUUUAUUAACUUUACAAUCAUAUAUAAAAAAUACACAUACAACUAUGAUUGAUGGAUUGGACAACAGAACUAGAAUCCCAUGCUAAGUCCAUCCAUCUUAAACAACUAAAACACGACAUAUUACGGACUACAAACUGGACAACCAAGCCUUGAUAAAAUAUUUUUCUUCCUGGCAGCAGGCUUCCCAGACCUAAAAUUUUCUGCCAUUUUUUUUAUAAAUAUGAAUUUUGGUUGUAAUUCAAGAACAGCGUCGUAUACCUUAAUAAGUCAUAUACUACCUCAAUAUUAGGAAAAGUAUAGGUUUACUAGAAUUAGGAACAUGAUUAUGAAACAAUAUUUGAAUUCUGUUUUCAGAUUGUAAAUCUGAAUUAUUUAUAUCAGUAUUCAUGCACUAUUCAAUAAUAGUAGUACGCCCUUGUUUUCCACAUGUAUCAUAAUCAUGAUGACAGACAGUUGUAGCACUGCCACAUGAUACAAUUUUUUAUGUUAUGAUUGUUGUAUCUAUGCUCUAAUUGUGAUGUUUGUUACUUUAAUGCUGAUUUUUGAAAUUUCUCGUUCUUCAUUCUUGAUAUCUUGCUUUUCCUUAAAAAUUUCCUGUGAGAUUAAAAAAAUUUCCUAGCAGCAUGCUGGCGGACUUUCUCGUGCCUUGUGGACAACGUCAUACAUCUUGGAUGUUUACCAAAGCUGUGGUAUUACCGAAAUCAGUAGAGUGUCUUUUCCGGAAGUUGAAAAGACAGUCAGAAGCCAGUAGAGACGUUCAUGUUUUAUGACGUCACGGUGAAGGAAUGCAGCAAUGGAACUUGUAUGUUAUUUUACUUCUUACUUGUAUGUUAUUGUCUUCCCACGAACAAAGGUUCUCACUUCGCUCGAAAGCUUGUUUUGUGCUUGGCGAGCCAUUGGCAAUUUGUCAAACUAAAUAAAGUUACUAACGUUUCUAAAUCAAGUUGCUAACGUUUCUACUGGCUUCUGACUGUAUUUUCAACUUCCGGAAAAGACACACUACUGAUUUCGGUAACAAAAGCUUUAUUAAACGACUCAUCCCUGUUAACCAGGCCAGCCCGAUUCCAAUAUGAACAGCUAAUUGAACCAUACCAAAUAGUAGAUAAUUUUAAUAGUUAGUAGAUAAUUUUAUUUAUUGAUUGAUUGAUAAUUUAUUUAAUAACGUAAUUCUGACAUCCUAGUUGUAAUGAAUCAUUUUCUGCAAUAUCAAAAUGAAUUUGGUGUCUCUUUUGUCCUCGCCACGAUUUCGACCCACACUUUCUACACAGCGCGACAAAUUGUCGAUCUCGUGCCAUACUCUUCAUGAACAGAGCAUCUUUCCACAGAAUAGACACCAGACCAGAAGGGACACUCCUAUAUGUUUUGGCUUGGGAAAAACGUCCGAAAUUUUUUACGUGCUAUGACGCCAUCCUGGAGUGCACACGGCACUUUGUACCUAUGUUUUCCUAUGAAAAACUUCCGUGUGCACUCCAGGAUGGCAUCAUAUGAUGGCGUAUUCUCACGUCGGCAAGACAGCACCUAUAGUAUAGCUCAGUGGACAGCACUCGUAAAAUUUCGGGGAAAAUAUCGUCUGAGUGACACUUCUGGUCCAGUAUCUAUUCUGUGAUCUUUCCAACAAAGCAAUUUCUUUGGUGGGGGAAAGCAUUUUGGUUUGGUGUCUGUCUUCGUAUGUUUUCGGAACUUCAUACGUCUUGCAUGACGAAAUGCUGAUCAAACUUCGUCCUCUUCUUGAAAGGAACCUUCGUCCAACAGAGCAAUUUCUUGAGGUGUUAUCGGCUUACAUGUGGGGAUUUUUUCAAGAGCCAGAGCGCGCAUUGAUUUAUCAUGACGUUGCCCGGUCAAGUGUUUCAUCUAGAUAGUAGUGGAAAAAAAUUAUCUUAAACAUAUUUAUG